UCCUAGUAAAAGUUUUUGAAAUGCUUAUAAAAAAUUCGAUGAUAUUUUUGGCCAUCGGCCAAUUGAUUUUUUUAAUAACGCUAGAAGUGUCUGAAGCUGUGCCAACCAUGGUAAACGAGUCAAUUGCGUUAGCUGAAAAUCCGUUAAACAGAUGGAAACAGAAAUUGCAGCUAUUUCCAAUGCGCAGAAAACCUACCCGUGUAGACAUAAGAGACAGACUAAACUUUCUCGACAAGAACGAAGAUGAGCAAAUAAAUCAAAAUGAGGAUAAAAUUAAUAUUAAGAAGGAAAAGAAUAAAAAAAAUGAUGAAAAUAAUGAAAAUAAUGUCAAAGAACUAACAAUAUCCCUGCCGCAAUUCAAGACAAAACAAAAUGGAGACUGGGAGUACGCUUGGGGCCGAACCCAUGGCAAUAUGUGGCAAGAUACACGCUUCAAUGUCGGUGGACGGAUGACCCUUAAUCGCAUGGUGAUCGACAAUGAGGCCCAAGUCAAUUACUUUCCAAAAUAUACCGGCGAUGUGGAUACGGUGUGCAUUGGUCGCAGUACCAUCUACAAUGUGCCCAAGGAGAAGGCAUGGCUGAAGAAAAUGAUGUACGACGGUGUCCGUCCACAUCGGCCAAUUUGGACAAGUCUCAGACAUCAGAUCUUUAGCCUGGGCAACAGCGAGGAAUGCCACACUCCCAAAUUUGUCCAAUGGCGUCAGUAUAUGGAGUGCGCUCUGCGACGACACCAGAGACUGGAGUAUCUAAUUCCCAAGUAUCCGCUGCAUCAAAUGGCUUACAGAAAGAAUAUUUACGUGGACAGAUACCCAAAAGGGAGAACACCUUCGAAAAUCCAGCAUGAAAAGUACAAAAAUAUUUGAUUGAAAUCGGUGAGUUUCUCAAAAAUUCUAUAAAUCCAGCAUCCAGGAUAUGCAGUUUAAGUGUAUUUUUAUAUAAACCAUAUAAAUAAA